UCACGUGAUCUUACCGGGCGCGUGCUGCGGCCGCUGUCAAAAAAAAAAAAAAAAAUCCAGCAGUUUGUAAAUUUUUCCCCAAGAUGGCGGAGCUCGGAAUGCGAGAGGAGCUCAGGUCUGCAGCCCCUAACAGGAAGCUGGACAGCUCUUUUGGAGAACCUGCAUUUGCUUCCCCCAGCAAAGAUGAACAGCAGCUCCUGGCAGUGCCGUUUUGUGGAAGUAUCCGAGGUGGGAUGCGACCCGGGAAGAAAAUCACCAUCAUGGGCAUUGUGGAUCCAGAACCAGAUGGUUUUGACAUCAGUCUGACGUGUGGGUGUGACGACGUGGCGCUGGAGGUCAGCGCGAGGUUCGAGGAUCGCCAGCUGCUGAGGAACGCGCACGUCUCGGGCUCGUGGGGGGAGGAAGAGAUGGCCAUCCCCUUCUUUCCGUUCCUCGCAGGACAGCCGUUCAGGCUGGAGAUUCACUGCGAGCACCAGAGUUUCCGCGUGUUGCUGGACGGUCAGCCGCUGUUCGAUUUCUGUCACCGCGUGCGUUCGCUGACGUCCAUCGACACCAUCCAGAUCAGCGGCAGCCUGAGCCUCACCAAACUGAACUGAGUUGGAGACGAUCAGCCGCUCACGCCAGCCGGACUCUGUGUGUCUCUUAACACCGAGCUGGAGUGGACCUCUCGGCAAGAACGUUUCUGCGAACACAGAGUUUGAUCGCAAGAGACCAGUGUCUCUCAGUGAAAGGACUGGAGUCAUCACUGUCUUCUCAUUUGCUGUGUUUGAACUUUUGAAGUUGCGGCUGUUAAUAUGAAUCGCUUGCACACACCAGCACGGGUACCUGUAGUUAAUCUAGCCCCCCCCCCCCCCCCCUUUAUAUGUUUUAUACUCGUUAUUCAGUGCUGACACUGAAGAGAACAGGAUGUAGGUGUUAGUGUGGUGGAGAAGACACCUGGACUGGGUAUUUUCCGGACUACCCUUAACACGCCGCUAACACUAGCCAUGUGGUAAAGCCCACGGACGUGCUAGUGGAAUUUAGCGUCGUCAUGGCCACAACGAAAUAAAAUCUCCUUUAUAAAGUGAGUAUUUAUUUAAGCUUGAUAGAAGGAUUAAGAUCAGGACUGUUGGGCUUAACUACAGCAGCACUAACGCUGAACUACAAUACACCACACUAGUAGACCAGCAGGGGGCGCAGUUUGUAACGUUUAGACAAGGCCUGUUGCCUCUGGAAUGGACACAUUUCUUCCACCCUCAUUGUUAAAAGUAAAUAUCCCUUGUGGAUUUUUUUUUUUUUUUAAGGAAAAUGGCUGGGGCUGAGCUAAUUUCUGGUCUAGAAUCGUGUAAAGAAAAACCUAAGAUGAAAAACUAAAAAAAAAAUGAAGCGCAAAAAGCACAGCAUGGUAAUACGUGGCAACAAUUUACUAUAUAUUUCUUUUCCAAAAGUGCCUUUGAAGUUUUACGACUGUUUCAAUGUUACAAACUGCACCUUUAAAAGAAUAAUUUGUCCAGAACUAAAAUCGACCCCAGUUUUAUUCCAUUACCCUGAAUAUAGUCGAUCAGCCAAGGCAUGUUUUAGGAUUAGAAUUUUUUCUCUUUAGAUUUGGACUCGAGCCGUGAGGCUAAUAUGGGCAGCAGUUUAUCAUCAUGAACAAAGUUGCACAUGGCUGCUUUAAAACCAUCCGCUUAGAGUCUUAAAUGUCAAAGGUUCUGACAGGUAGGUCAGCGAAUCUCAACAGUGACUUUGUGUAACUGGAAUUAAAUACACGUAUACAAUCAGAGCAAAAAUGAGAAAGACUUUACAGUGUACUGUACUGUUCAGGCAUGCGGGAAUAACCUCAUCCAGAGCACGGUGAGCGUUCCAGACUGAAAGCGAUAAUAAUAAUAAUAAUAAUAAUAAUAAUAAUAAUAAUGAGUAGAAGCUCAGGAACACGGCAGAGCGCUGAUGUAAAUGUGGAACUAAACGAAUCUAAUAUAUGGCGGUGUUUUGUCAGACAUUCCAACUACAGAAUACAGAGGUGUAUAUAAAAUGAAAAUAUUGAUCAAACGAAGGCAUUUCAUUGUAAAGCAUUUUGUGUGAUUUUUGUUUUGAAUACUUCUGUUCUCAUUUUUGUUUAUUUCAUAAUCUCUACGCAAUUAAAGCCUUGUCCUGCUCAUGAA